UACAUCAUGAACAUCAAAUAAGUUUACCUGAAACGAACACCUUAAAAGAGGAGGUAGUUAGAUUAAGGUCGGCAUACAUGAAAAUGAAUGGGAAGGAAUUGGAUGGAUUGAGUUUCAAAGAACUGCAGCAAUUAGAGCAUCAAUUAAGUCAAGGGUUACUAUCUAUUAAGGACAAAAAGGAGCAAGUUAUACUGGAGCAGCUUAAGAGAUCAAGGUUACAGGAACAAAAGGCAAUGUCAGAGAAUGAAAUAUUACGCAAACAGAUAGAGGAGCUUGAAAGAAAAUCAAAGCCAAAUAGCCAGGAAUUAAAUCAAGGUUGUUUGGUUAAGGAGAUAAGAGCAUUCUCAUUAACAGUCUCCAAACCCGAAUAUGAUAUCUCCUCAGCCGAUGAUUAUGAUCGCGAUGAUCAUUCCGACACCUGCUUGCAUUUGGGAUUAUCAACAAAUUAUCAUCGGAAAAAGAUCAAGGUAGAUAAAAUUGAGAGUGUAAGUACUCCUUGCAACAACUAGCAUAUACAUAUAUAUAUAUAUAUAUAUAUGUAUUACCCUAUAUUUGUGAUUUUUGUUCUUCUGAAUAAUUUAAUAGUGUGUAUUUUCUAAUAGUUAAACAUCUAUAACCUUUACUCACAGGGUAUGAGUAUAAAUUCAUACCACUUCCUUGAAACAAUGGUGGUCGGUAAUUUAUAAGAUUAAAAUAUUUUAUAAUUUAAUUUAUAAUCCAAAUUUUAAAAUUAAAUAAUUAGUGUGAGUAGUUAAACAGCCCUCCUAGGGAUUCAUAUGGCCGCAUGUUUUUAUCUGUGGAUUAUUUAAUAAUUAUAUAACAAUUAGAUUAAUCUGCAUGAUAUCAGUAAAACUACUAAUUGUUUCCACGUGGAA